UCCAAAAAACACAUGUGGCCCUAAAUCCUCUCCCUAACGUAUGAAUGUUUUCGACCUUCCAAAAUGAUAACAAGUAUUCCUGUUGUGUAAACUGGGUCAAAGUAAAAGGCUUAUUAAACGGGAUAUGACUGGAUCCAUUCCUCGAUCCUUGAAUACUGUAUAUUUGAAGCACCAUUAUCCUUGUGAUGUUUGUCAAGGGGCCCCUUACUACUGAGUCUGCGCAGAACACGAGAGUCAAGCUGUCUUCUCUACUGUAGUUUCUCACGCCUCCGUCGUGCACGGUGUGCCGUGAGCGCGCACACACCUGCGUGUUGUUUGUGCGCACACCUGCCCUGCUGCGUGUUGUUUGCGCUCGCACCUGCCGAACACAGUGGCUACCACAGAGGCUCGUGUAGAAUGAGUUGUUAACAUUAAUGUAAAGGGGGAAAAGUCAUUUGACUCCCUAUGGAUUUUGAGACGCGUCAUCUGCUGGAGGAAAGCGGCUCAGAGUUCCUCGGGACGUCCCGGAGCGCAGCGGAGCAAGAGGUUGGAUCGCUUUGCUGCACGGAGGAGGAUGAGGAGGACUCGGUCCAGGUGGGAAACGGGCCGGUACUGGACAGCGGGCGGCGGUCUGCCGGACACUGCCACGGCGGGAACAAUGACAAGGCCCACGUGGCGUCCUGGGCCGCGCGGAACGAGAAGCGAACCGCCAGGAGGAAGCUGCUGCUGGCGUGCGCCGUCAGCCUGGUGUUCAUGACCGGAGAGGUCAUCGGCGGUUACGCGGCGCAGAGCCUGGCCGUCAUGACGGACGCCGCUCAUCUCCUCACGGACUUCGGCAGCAUCAUGAUCAGUGUUUUCUCUCUGUGGAUCUCCGCCCGGCCCCCCACCGACACCAUGACCUUCGGCUGGCACCGAGCAGAGGCCAUGGGAGCGCUUGUUUCUGUGCUGUCCAUCUGGGCCGUGACCGGGGUGCUGGUGGUGCUGGCGGGGCAGCGGAUCCUAGACGGAGACUACGACAUCAACACCCGCAUCAUGCUGCUCACCUCGGGUUGCGCCGUGGGAGCCAACGUCCUGAUGGCGUUGAUCCUGCAUCAGUCGGGGGGCUCCCACGGCCACAGCCACGCGUUGACCUCUGACCCCCUGGGGCGCAAGGGCAGGAAGGGGGGCCACGCCCACGGCAACACGAGUGUGAGGGCGGCGUUCGUCCACGUGCUGGGCGACCUCCUGCACAGCGUGGGGGUCCUGGUCGCCGCCACCAUCAUCCACCUGAGGCCUGAGAUGAAGAUGGCCGACCCUAUUUGCACCUUCCUGUUCUCCGUACUCGUCCUGGCCACCACCUCCACCAUCAUUAAGGAUGUUUGCCGAACUCUAAUGGAAGGUGCCCCCAGCGGGGUCAGCGUGCCGGAGGUGAAGGCGGCGCUGCUGGCAGUGGGCGGGGUCGGGGCCGUGCGUGAGCUGCACGCCUGGAGCCUCAGCGGGACGCACUCCCUGGUCUCCGUUCACGUGGAGACGGAGGAGACGGCGGACCCCCGGCUGGUCCUGCAGGACGUCACGGCCCAGCUGCGAGAAGAGUUCGGCUUCUCCGGCGCCACGGUCCAAGUGGAGCGCUACUCCUCCGAGGGCGGGCCUGCUGGCCCCUGGGGGGCCGGGCCCCCGGCGGACUGAAGGGGCCGUGGGCCCCCGGGGGCCCCACCGCCGCCCUGGGACCCGAGGCAUCGGACAGCCACUUCCUGGGACGCUACGUCACCGAUGAGGCGUCACGGAGGGCGCCGAACAUCGCCCUGUACGGUACGCGUUACCUCGAGGAACGAUGUCAGGUUCGGACGUUCUCCGGCUCCCUGUUCCCGGUCUGUGAUGGUUGAGGAGGCCCCCCUGAUGUGUUCAGCCGGACACACCGUCUUCACCUUCAAGCUCUCCGGGGACAUCUGGAGAGCGUGAAGCUCUCCAGAUGUCCCCGAGUCUGUGCCUUUUGAUGGACCUCGCUCGGACUCCCCAACGCAGAACCAGAAGCGUGCACGCCGGUGUGGAAAAAGCCCCGGUCCACCUUCACCGGCUGUCUGAGCAUCAUUCAGGCUUCAGGGCCGCUGAAGGAUCAUUAAAAGCUAAUCUUUUGA